UUGGUGCAAAGCGGCGUCUCUCCGAAAGGGACGGAGCCCUCUCUCUUCUCCCCCUUUUUUGUUAAUCUAUAUGAAAAUGCCAGUCUUUCGCAUUACCGGUGACAAUUACGCGGGGCAUUAUUCCUAAAAUCAUACUCCGAUCAGUGUGAGGCAGGGUGGCCGAAGAGACCAUAGCCGAAGGACAUGGAGGAGGAGAACACCGAGCAGAUGAGCCCCCUCCUGACCUCGGGACAUGAUGAGGAGGCUGUCAUUGACCUGGGGAAGACCAGCUCCACCUUAAACACAAACUUUGAGAAGGGAGGAGCUUGAAAGUCACCGAGCCGUGUACGUCGGCGUCCACGUCCCGCUGGGCAGGCAGGGCAGGCGCCGGCACCGGCACCGCGGCCACAAGCACCACCGCAAGCGGCGGGAGCGGGGGGGCUCCGACCGCGAGGACGGCCGCGAGUCGCCCACCUAUGACACGCCCUCCUCAGCGGGUCCAGUUCAUCCUGGGCACCGAAGACGACGACGAGGAGCACAUUCCACAUGACCUCUUCACAGAGCUGGACGAGCUGUCCUUCCGGGACGGGAGCACCUACGAGUGGAGGGAGACGGCCAGGUGGUUGAAGUUCGAGGAGGAUGUGGAGGAUGGCGGCGAGCGCUGGAGCAAGCCCUACGUGGCCACGCUGUCGCUGCACAGCCUGUUCGAGCUGCGCAGCUGCAUCCUGAACGGCACCGUCAUGCUCGACAUGCGGGCAAACACCAUCGAGGAGAUCGCAGACAUGGUGAUCGACAGCAUGGUGGCAUCUGUGCAGCUGGACGAGGGGCUGCGUGAGAAGGUGCGUGAAGCCAUGCUAAAGCGACAUCACCACCAGAGCGAGAAGAAGCUGAGCAAUCGCAUCCCGCUGGUGCGCUCCAUCGCCGACAUAGGCAAGAAACACUCCGACCCGCAUUUGCUCGAGCGCAACGGUGAGAGUCCUGGCUGUUCUGCUUACAACUCACAUCUAACUGCAGAGUUUGGGCCCCCCCCUGUGGGCAUUAAUGUUGUAAACCUUGGCAGCCGAGAGAACAGCACCGUGGACUUCAGCAAGGUGGACAUGAACUUCAUGAGGAAGAUCCCGCCAGGAGCCGAGGCCUCCAACGUGCUGGUGGGCGAGGUAGACUUCCUGGAGAGACCCAUCAUCGCCUUCAUCCGCCUGGCCCCCGCCAUUCUCCUCACGGGCCUGACGGAGGUGCCCGUGCCCACCAGGUUCCUCUUCCUGCUUCUCGGGCCAUUUGGCAAAGGGUCUCAGUACACCGAAAUCGGGAGGUCUAUCGCCACGCUGAUGACAGAUGAGAUUUUCCACGACGUGGCGUACAAGGCCAAAGACCGGAAUGACCUCCUGUCCGGCAUCGACGAGUUCCUAGACCAGGUAACCGUGUUACCGCCCGGGGAAUGGGACCCCAAGAUACGGAUCGAGCCCCCGAAGAACGUCCCGUCUCAGGAGAAGAGAAGGAUGCCCCCCCUGCCGAACGGCUUGGUGGGGGCCUCGGAGUCAGAGAAGGAGGUGGAGCAUCAUACAGGGCCGAGCUCCAGCGGACAGACGGUGAGGGUCUUCGGCGGCCUGGUGAGGGACGUGAAGCGGAAGGCCCCCGUCUUCUGGAGCGACCUGCGCGAUGCGCUGAGCCUCCAGUUUGCCUCCAUCCUCUUCCUCUACUGCGCCUGCAUGUCGCCCGUCAUCACUUUCGGCGGCCUGCUGGGCGAGGCGACCAAGGGCAACAUCAGUGCCAUCGAGUCCCUGUUUGGGGCCUCUCUGACAGGUGUUGCCUACUCCCUGUUCGCGGGACAGCCUCUCACUAUCCUGGGCAGCACUGGGCCCGUCCUGGUCUUUGAGAAGAUCCUCUUCAAGUUCUGCAAGGACUACGGCCUCUCCUACCUGCCCUUACGUACCAGCAUAGGCCUGUGGACGGCCUUCCUGUGCCUGCUGUUGGUUGCCACGGACGCCAGCUCGCUGGUCUGCUACAUCACCCGCUUCACAGAGGAGGCCUUCGCCUCUCUCAUCUGCAUCAUCUUCAUCUACGAGGCGCUGGAGAAGCUCUUCCAACUGGGUGAGGUCUACCCCAUCAACAUGCACAGCCACCUGGACAACCUGACCUUCUACACGUGUACGUGUUCUCCACCUGUCAACGGCACUCCUGAGGCCGUGCGGCGCUGGAAUCAGUCUGGCUUCACAGCAGAGUCUGUUCCCUGGAGCGAUCUGGAUGUGACCACAUGUAAGGAGUUUGACGGCGUGUUUGUCGGCCUGGCCUGCGGACAGCAUGGACCCUACAUCCCAGAUGUGCUCUUCUGGUCUGUCAUCCUCUUCUUUACCACGUUCUUCCUCUCCACCUUCCUCAAGCAGUUCAAGACCAAGCGCUACUUCCCCACGAGGGUUCGCUCCACCAUCAGUGACUUUGCGGUGUUCAUCACCAUCAUGAUAAUGGUCCUGAUUGACUACCUUGUGGGCAUCCCCUCUCCGAAGCUGCGUGUCCCCGAUCGCUUUGAGCCCACCUCCAGCAAUCGGGGCUGGCUCAUCUCCCCGCUGGGGGACAACCCGUGGUGGACGCUGCUGGCGGCUUCCAUCCCGGCCCUGCUCUGCACCAUCCUCAUCUUCAUGGACCAGCAGAUCACGGCAGUCAUCAUCAACCGGAAGGAGCAUCGACUCAAGAAGGGCUGCGGGUAUCACCUGGACCUGCUGGUGGUGGCGGUGAUGCUGGGCGUGUGCUCCAUCAUGGGCCUGCCCUGGUUCGUGGCCGCCACCGUGCUCUCCAUCUCGCACGUCAACAGCCUGAAGCUGGAGUCGGGCUGCUCGGCCCCCGGGGAGCAGCCCAAGUUCCUGGGCAUCCGCGAGCAGAGGUUCACCGGCUUCAUGAUCUUCUUUCUCAUGGGCCUGUCAGUCUUCAUGACCUCUGUGCUCAAGUUUAUUCCUAUGCCUGUUCUCUAUGGGGUCUUUCUGUAUAUGGGUGUGUCAUCGCUGAAAGGUAUCCAGUUGUUCGACCGGAUCAAACUGUUCGGCAUGCCAGCCAAGCACCAGCCCGACCUGAUCUACCUACGCUACGUGCCGCUGUGGAAGGUGCACCUCUUCACCAUCGUCCAGCUCACGUGCCUCAUUCUGCUCUGGGUCAUCAAGGUGUCUUCGGCCGCCGUGGUCUUCCCCAUGAUGGUGCUUGCGCUGGUGUUUGUUCGGAAGCUCUUGGACUUUACCUGCUUCAGCAAGCGGGACCUCAGCUGGCUGGACGACCUCAUGCCCGAAAACAAGAAGAAGAAGGAGGAUGACAAGAAGAAGAAGGAGGAGGAAGAUGAGGAGGAAGAUGAGGAGGAGUCGGAGCGCAUGCUGGAAACAGACGAGAGCGAGUCAGCCAAGAUCCGCUUCGGGGAGCAGGAUGUCCUUAAGCUCCCAGCCAAGUCUCUCAAAGACAGCUCUGAUCCUUCCAUCGUAAACAUUUCUGACGAAAUGGCCAAAAGCGGCGUGUGGAGAGCUGUUUCCUUGUCUACUGACAGUGCCAAAGGUCUGAAGCCUAGUGCAAGUCAGGAGAAGAUGCCUGUGAAGAUCAACAUUGAGGACGAGACCAGGGAGAAGGCAGUGGAUGCAGAGACUUCGCUCUGAGCUUCGGGAGGAGGAAGAUAAGAGCUUUGGGGCUUUAGAAAGGACGACCUCAGCCAAGCGGAGGCCAGUGCCAGCGAAGCCAAAGAGGGCCCCGGGGGGGG